AUGCCCACGUGUGUGGCUCGUGUACCUAUCGCAAGGUUGGCUGUGAUAUCUGGAGGCUCCGUCAAGUGGUCCGCGCUCGAGGACCGGUCCAAGGCCCGGGCCUGCUCGCGGGAGGCGCUGGCCUGGGACCGCGAGCGGCUCUCGGCCCAGGACGACCCGGGCCCUUCCGAGCCGCCGCCGGCGCUGCCGCCGGAGCCCCCGCGGGGCCUGCCGUGGCAGCCGCGGAAGUCCAUCGGGAGCUCCAGGACGCCGACGCUGCUGCGCCAGGUGUCCCCGCAGAGUGGGCGCACGGCUCGGCGGGCGCCCGCGGAGGCCGAGAUGGGGCGCGCCACCCCCGCGGCCCACACCCACGAGUCCCUCCGGCCGCCCUCGAUCUGA